AUGGUUGCGCUAUUCCCAAACGAAAUUAUUUCCAAAUCGGCGCGGUAUAAACUAUUAAAAAAACGUAUAAUAAAUAGUUUGGAUUCGGCGCGAAAUAACAGGUUGCAAUUAAGGUAUGAUUUUUCCGUAACCCAUUUUAUUAUUUUAUUUAUAAACGUUUGCGCGCAAUUUGCGGGUAACCUGGACGGUUUUUUUAAUUUUGUUAAAAUUGCCAGGAAUUCGAACCCGAUAGCCCAAAGUUUAUACGUAUACCUGUCCAACUUUUUCAAUUUCGUAAAACCCCCGAACGAUAUAGUUAUCUUUACUGCGCCUAUAAUCGCGUUAAACUUCCUAUUAGAUAAUUAUCCACCUGGAACCCAUUAUACGAUUUUCACCCCGAGGACGUGGUUCGUUAUUUAUAUAAAAAUAUCGUUACCCGGCGUUUCGAAUUUAAAAGGUCGUAAAACAAUAUCCGUAAAUACGUUUAUAAACUUUAUAAAAACCCAUUUAAAAAAAUACGUCGAAUCGUUAAUCGCCGGUGCAAUUCCCACCGCCGAUAUCCAUUCCGAAAACUUUAUACGUUUUGCAAACAAAUGGGCCGUUAUUAAAAGCUCGGACACCUAUUUGGUUUGUUUGCGGCGGCGGCCUUUAUACGAUUUGUGCCCUGGAUAUACAAUUUAUAACAAUUGCGUGCGUAUUUUUGGUUUUUAUACGGACGAUAAUCCGUCGAAUCGCUUAUCCGAAAAAACGCGGAUUCGGAUCCACCCCCCGACGGUAGGCGUAAGGGUAUUUUGUUUCGACGGUGGCGGGGUCCGCGGCACCUUACAUAUAUUUGGGGCCGAUAAAGGAGUUUUGGACAUUUCCAGCGCUACGGCGAAUGGAAAUUUUGUCGGAUUCCCCGUCGCCACCGUAAACGAGGAACCGAUGUGCCGCAUUUUUACUAAUAGAAAUAAAAUUUAUUAA